AUGAAGUCACCCAAAAUCAAAACAAGUACCAACAAUAUUACCGGACCACGCCAGGUUCACUUCAAAGGGGACAGGAGCAGCCCAGGUGGCUCCUUCCAUGUCACGCAGGAAAGCGAUACCUUGACUGUUCCUGCCCUUGCCAACCACGAGGUUGAAGAAUCAAACAGCAGCGGCGUCUUCAUCCAUUCUUCCAUCAACCCAUCUGCGUCCGUCAACAUUGACAACGCUUUCCAUCCCACAGCAUCGUCCAGUCAGAUCCCUCAUCCAGCUUGCGGCCCAUUCAUCCCCGCCACCUCGACCUAUCCUUCUACUACUGAGCCCAACGCUUUCGCACCUUUUGGCAAAUUCAAUCCAUACGGCCUUCAAUCAUCAGCAUACGCCAAUAUGGCUGACUACCAGAAUGUCGCUCCACCUGCUGGUGGACUUCAUUUCCAACCCCCAGUUCCCGAUACCACGUACGGACCCAUGCAACACGUCUAUGUGCCUCGCUUCGACAACAGCAUGCCACUUCCUGGCCAUGCCUAUCAUGUCGGUCUUUCUCAAGUUCAACCACCCAACAACAAUGUCACCUACGUUGGCCAAGUUCCUCCCUUCAAUCCUCCCAUCAUGAUCGCCCAGCAGCCGGCUAUGCAGCCUGGAGUUUCCAUUCAAAACCCGCCCAUCAUGCUUCAAGGCCAAACUCCAGUUGCUAUGAACGGAACUUCUAUGUUCCAAGGCCAUCUCCCUAUGGGCAUGCCUCCCAGCAUCGGCGUCGGUAUUAUGCCCAUGUUUGCAGGUAAUGCUGGUCUUCCCCCUGACGUGACUGGCUUUGGAAAGACGGCCGGUGAGGUCGCCAUGGAACAGGCUCAGUUCGCUUACGCGAAUGGUCUCUUCGAACCUCAGGAUUUUAAGCCUGCUGACGACAACCCAUCUCGCUAUUAUCCUGUUCGAGAAGUAGACGGUAACUGGACCCAGCGCAACCGUUUCACAAUUGACAACCUUGGCGACUGUCGUUGGUAUGUCACGAACGAAGGUUACUUCUACGCUAUCCGACUGCCCAACUGA